UGCCGCCAUUGGGCCAUUUGGGCAGCAACGUGCCAAUGUGCCGCCAUUGGGCCAUUGGGCAGCAAUCAGCAAGCCGCGCAUAGCACUGCCUGCUGUCUGGACUCUGGAGCCUGGACUGAGGUAUCCAAGGCAAGGACACUCACCAAUUCACCAUCCAUGUCCAUGGAAGCGGCGGCGGCGAGCUCGGUUGGGGCUGAAUUCGGUCCCGCCCUCGGGUUCAGGAACAUCCACCGCCGCACCCUUCCUUAUUGUUGGCGCCCGCGUUCGCCCCGGCCGGCCUCGCUUAGCCUCUGCGGAGGCUGGGGAGCCCGUCCCCGCGGCGCCAUCGCCGCGGCGUCCGGCGACCAGCGGCGGCGGCAGCUGGGAGAGCUCGAGGCGGAGGCAGAAGCUGGCUCGGCCUUGGGUCCUACGAGGAGCAGCCCCCGCGAGGUGAGGGAGGAGAUGGCGCGGUGCUUCGACCUCGUCCGCCGCCUCGGCAGGGGCGCCGUCUACCUCGGCUCCUCCAGGGUCCCGCCCACGCACCCGCACUUCCUCCAAACCACCGAGCUCGCCAGAGAGAUAGCUCGGCUGCUCGACUGCACCACAUGGACCGGAGCUGGCCCUGGGCUGAUGGAUGCUGCCAUCCAAGGCGCCCUUGAGGCGGGCAAGCCGGUCGGCGGCUUGAAGAUUGCAAAGGAGGCAGGUGAAUGGACAAGCUCAGGCUUCCAUCCUUACCUGCCACCAGAGACCUACCUCACAUGCAGGUUCUUCUCAGCGAGGAAGCAUGGCCUUGUGGAUGCUGCGGUGCGGAGCAGCCCUACCGACAGAACCGCCGUGGUUGCACUGCCAGGAGGGGUCGGGACGCUGGACGAGUUGUUUGAGAUCAUGGCGCUGAUUCAACUAGAGAGGAUUGGAUCAGCGCUCCCGGUCCCGUUCUUGCUCCUCAACUACGAUUCUUAUUACUCCAAGCUGCUGGACUUUCUGAAUGACUGCCAGGAGUGGGGCACGGUUGCUCCGGGGGAAGUGGAGUCACUUUGGAAGGUCUGUGAUGGGAAUCAUGAAGCUUUGGAGUACCUUGCAGAGUUCUACAAUGUUCCUGCUGACCAAAGAAAUUACCAAAUAUCACCACAGUUGAAGCAGCACAGGACUUCGUACGCUGCAAGCUGAUCACAGGACCUCAUUUGUCGUUCCUCUAGCUUUAGCAAGUUUUUCGAGUGAAUUACAUCAAAUAGGCUUUUAGCCCUUGGAAGCAACAUUCUGAGAACAGUCGCUGUACAUCUGAAUUUUAGUUAUUGAUUGACAACGGUUGUGAUGAAGCGACUUAUGUUGAAGUUAGCAUCA